CCUAGAUUCUGACGGUUUUAAAAGCGAAACCGGUAUAUAUAACUAGCCUACGUGUCUAUUGCAGGCUUUGACAGCUGACACCCAUAUAUUACAUGCAACUAUCUAAGCCAACUCAACGACACUUCUACUCGACUUCAUAAUCAACUUAAGUUUCAAAAGCCCCCGUACUCAAUUCCCCCAAAUUAAACCCUAAUUCGCGUAAUUUUCGCUACUAUUAUUCGAUUAUUUACAGUCUCGAGAUUCUACUUAAUGGACCGAUUCAGAUCUUACCGAUAUCACAAUCCCGAACCCUAUACUAGACCCCAACAACGAUUCGACGCCGCCGCCGCCAAUCACCGCCGUGACUCUAAUCCCGUGGUUAUUAGUUAUCGAAUUCUGUGUCAUGAUACUCAAGCUGGCUGUGUGAUCGGACAGGCCGGUAGCAUAAUUAAAUCGAUCAGGCAAACCACCGGUGCUUGGAUCAACGUGCAUGAUUUAAUGAUCGGUGAUGAGGAGAGGGUUAUCGAGAUUUAUGAUGCGCGGAGGAGAGAGAUGGAGGGAGGGAGUUCAUUCUCGCCUGCGCAGGAGGCCUUGUUUAUGAUUCAUGACAGGUUGCUCAAGAGUGAUCUUGAGGGACCUAGUGGGUGCAAUUUGGGCUUUGGAGGGGAGGAGUGGGGGAUUGGAGUGAGAGGAGGCGGAAUGCGGGUUGUUACGAGGCUCGUUGUGGAGAAAACGCAUAUCGGGAGUUUGUUAGGGAAAGGAGGGGGAAUUAUUGAGCAGAUGAAGGCGGAGACUAGGACUCAGAUUAAGAUUCUGCCUAUGGAUCGUAGUACUCCUAAGUGUGUAUCCAUGUCGGAGGAGAUUGUGCAGAUAGUCGGUAAUACAAUGGCUGUUAAGCAUGCUGUAACAAUCAUCUCCUCGCGGUUAAGGGAAAGUCAGCAUCGUGUUCACAUCAAUUUCCAAGGUCAGUUACCAUCACCAGAAUCUAGGUUAUCUGCAAACUUGCUGGGAGCCCGAGAAAAUAGUUAUCCAUCCCUUCAAUCAGCCGAGACGCUGGAAUCGUCAGCUGUUCCUAUGAUUGGUAAUACACAAACAUUUUCUGGCAAGAAUCUUGUAUUUGGAAUACUCUGCCCGGUUGACAAGAUUAAUCGUGUUGUUGGGGAGCCGGAUGGUAUUUUGAAUUUACUGCAAACUGAAGUUGGAGUUGCUAUUAAGGUUAUUGAUCCUGUGGUUGGCGCAGAUGAACAAAUAAUCAUCAUUUCUUCAGAGGAGGUACCUGCUAUCUAUGAUAAAACACGUGCUUGA